AUGGAUCUUCUCAACAACUUGACCGGUGGUGGCGGCCAGCAGGGCCAGCAGCAGGGUGGCGGCCUCGCCGACAAGCUCAUGCACAAGGUGACCGACAAGGUCCUUGGUGGCAACCAGGGCGGCAACCAGGGCGGCAACCAGGGCGGUUUCGGCGGCAACCAGCAGAACUACGCCGGCGACCAGGGCGGCUUUGGUGGUAACCAGGGCGGCUACGGCGGCAACAGCGACAGCUUCGGCGGCUCGUCGGGCGGUUACGGUGGUUCGUCCGGUGGCCUCGGCGGCUCGUCCGGCGGCUACGGUGGUAACAGCGACAGCUUCGGCGGCUCGUCCGGCGGCCUCGGUGGCUCCGGCGGCCACCACAACAAGCACCACGGCGGCGGCGGCUUCGGCGGCGGCUCCGACAGCUACGGCGGCUCGUCCGGCGGCCUCGGCGGCUCGUCCGGUGGCUACGGCGGCUCGUCUGGUGGCUACGGUGGUAACAGCGACAGCUUCGGCGGCUCGUCCGGCGGCUUCGGUGGCUCCGGCGGCCACCACAACAAGCACCACGGCGGCGGCGGCUUCGGCGGCGGCUCCGACAGCUACGGCGGCUCGUCUGGUGGCCUCGGCGGCUCGUCCGGCGGCUACGGCGGCAACUCGGACAGCUUCGGCGGCUCCGGCGGCAACUCGGACAGCUUCGGCGGCUCCGGCGGCUACGGUGGUGGUAACGACCGCCUCGGCGGCGGCGGCGGCGGUGGCUUCGGCGGCAGCGACCGUCUUGGCGGCGGCGGCGGCGGCGGCUUCGGCGGCUCGGACAGCUACGGUGGCUCGUCCGGCGGCUACGGUGGUAGCCAGGGCGGCUACGGUGGUAGCCAGGGCGGUUACGGCGGUGGCCAGCAGGGCGGCUACGGCGGUGGCCAGGGUGGCUACGGUAACAACUACUAA